AGGGAGGAAACUAGAGAGGAGGACGGACGCUGCUCUCACUCUGUCUGACUCAUCCCCCGCUCUGCUCCCACUCUCACACUGGUGCAUUCCGACUGUAUGUAUCGAUAACACACACACACACACACACACACACACGCACGCACACACACGCGCGCGCUCUCAGAGGCAGCUCCGCCUCCUCUGCAGUGUAGCGACAGCUAGCGAGGGCAGCAAUGGAGGAGCCAGCAGUGCAGCAGGAAAAAAUAGAGGGAUGCUGGGAAGGAGGACAGGAUGGAGGGAAGGCAGACUGGAAGAACGAGUGCUCCCUCUCCUCCCUCCUUAAACACUCCUGUCUCCUCUGCUGGUCGUCUCCCAGGGACACCGACGUCGUGGAAACGGAUGAGAGGGUCCUCGCCAAGGCAGCCGAGAUCAGAGUAAGAAGACCGCAGCACCUCGCGCUGGAGCUGGAGAAUGCCGUGACGGUGGAGAACCUGGAGCUUCAGGAGCAGCAGUCGGACCGUAAGGAGCUGGAGGAGACUCUGGAUAAACUAGAGAAGCACAAAGAGAAGCUGGUUCAGCAGAUAAAGACGACCAGACAGCUGUGCUAUGAAGAGAGUCAGCAGAUCCUGUCUCUGCAGGCGGAGGAGGUGCACAAGGAGAGCCAGGUGGAGGAGUAUGAGAGGGAACUUGCCAGAGCCAGGUGGAGGCUGAGGAGGCUCAGAGAGGAGGUGAAACAGGCCAAGAGGAAGGUGGAGGAGGCCGGAGAGAGGGACACGCCUCUGCAAGACUCCAUCAGACAGUCCUACGAGGAGAUCCUGCAGGAGGAGCACACUCUGUGCUCUCUGUCAGGAGGUGCAGUCACUCCAGAGAGCCAGCUGGAGGAGUCGACGUCUCCUGCGGACACCACUGAGGAUGAUCCGCUCCCCAUGAGGCCGUGGGGGAGGAGCCAAUCACUGCCCGCCUACGCCGACCUGAUCAUGAGAGCCAGCGGCUCGUCUUUUUGUAAUAAUCUAGCAGACACCAGAGAAGAAGUCGACGACAGUGGCACCAGUUCUCCAAAGAUGGACAGGUCUGACAUAGAGGACGACCCGGAGGAGGGGGAGAUCAGCAAUGAAGGGGGGGCAGAGAGAGAGAAGGGAGACUGCAGUAAGAACCCGAGCCCCCUCAGCCAGCUGGACUUCUACCAGGCCGACCCGUUCGCCCACUGUCAGAGCGACCACGACCUUUUCAAUGAAGAUCUGUUCCCUAAAACCGACACAUCCGAUGGAUUUGCUUCAGACCCUUUCAAAGGCAGUGACCCCUUUGCAGCGGAUAUCUUGUUCCCGGAGGUCAACGUCAGCACUAAUGAGGCGGCAGGAAAUGUUGGCGAUGAGGCGGACACCAGUCUGUCCUGCGCCGAAAACAAAGCUUCAACGGGAACUCAGUGCUUUGAGUCUGAAUUCCCCGACGAAGACAGCGACAUAGAGAUCAGCUACAGCCGAGAGGACCUGGACGCCAUCGAUGUGGUCGAUGAUUCUCGUGGAUUUAAACCGAUUCAGAGCUCCUCAGAGGAACUGGGGCCAGAACCCAUCCAUGGCUGGAGGUCGCAGGGUCAGUAUUCUGUAGAGUCAGACCCUAAUGGGUAUGAGCUGGACCUCGGUGCUUUCUCCCCUCCCUCUGACAUCGAAGAAAAAAGUCUGGGAUCUUUAGCUGGAGAGGUUUCCACUGAGACACCAGCAGGACUGGAACAAGGUCUGAGUUCUGGUUCAGCUCCAAAGGUCCCUGAGCCAGUCCUGUUGGAACCAGACUGGACCAGCGACAUAGAUAAAACCGAGUCCCAUGAUGUUACCUCCUGUCAGGGCGCAGAGUGGGUUAGCGAGAUCGAAGAGGAACCCCGAAACCCUGCAACUCCCCAAAACUCACUAGACUCCCAGAACCUCUUCAACCAGCCCGACUCGGAUCAGAACAGAGACCUGAGCUUUGAGUUGAGCUAUGAACCAAGCUGUCAGUCUUCCUUUGACCCAUACGGGUUUAAACUCAGUCCAGAGCAUUCUAGUCAAACCCUUCUGGACCCUGAUGAAGCUGAACUGAGCCCAGAACCCAAUGAUAAUGAUCUGGCCUUUGACCCCGAGCCCUCCUCUUCUCAACCAGACCAACUGAACUUUGAUCCCUAUGAGCUGGACAUCACUUCCUCCCAGCUGGUACGGGACUGUGAUCCCUAUGGCUUUAAGCUCAGCCCAGAGGAAGAGAACCAGGAGGUACUGGACCUCUGUGGCCACAAUAACCAGGAAGCAAUGGACCUUUGCGCCUACGACAACAACGAGCAAGUAAAACCCUCUAACUAUAGCAACCAGGAUGUCCUGGAACCUCACACCACCGAAAACCAAGAAGUGCUUGAACAUUGUAGCCGCAAUAACCAGGAGCUGCUGGAUUUGUGCAACAAUGGAAACCAAGAAGUGCUGGAACCUCCUGAACUUGACAACAGGGGGUUGGUCAGCAACGAAAACCUGGACCUCCUGGAUCUUUGUAGUCAUGACAACCAGGAGGUGGUGGAACCCUAUCGCAAUACAAGCAACGAAGAACUACUUGAACCUAGUAACUAUGUGAACCAAGAAGUCCUGGAACCUUGUAGCCUUGGCAAUCAAGAUCAGCCUGAUUUGUACCAUCCUGAAAAUCAGGAAGUGCUGGAUUUAGAUAGCCAUGGCAACCAAGAACUACUGGAUUUUGGUAGCAAAGAAAAUCAGGAAGUGCUAGUUUCUGCUGGCGACAACAACCAGGAACUCCUGCAGCUCGGUAGCAAUGAAAAUCAGGAAUUUGUAGACUUAGGUAGCCAUGACAACCAGGAGGUGCUGGACUUGCUGAGCAAGGAAGUUUUCCCUGAAGCAAAUAACAACCAAUGUGUUGUGGAACCAGAGGUCAGUAUCAGUCCCACCAAUAACAGCUCAGACAGUGAUGUGGCUUCAGAAGACCAGCUGGUACUGGAACUCAGUAACACCAGCAUCUGCGAUACGAGUGCUGCUGAAACCCUCAACAUGGCCAUUGGCAACAUAUCUGCCAACCAGGACCUGCCUGCAUCCAAUGCUCCCAACAGACACAACUUGUUAGAGGGUGAUCUGGGUUCAGUGUUUGGGGCUGGAGGAUACAUCGGUUGUCCAGAUGUAGCUGAUGACCUGGAGCCUCUGGACAGAAGGCCGGCAAAUAAUCCUGUAGCAGAGCCAGUGCGACCAGUCAGACCGGUGAGACCUCCUCGGCCCUCGCUCAGGGCCAAGGAGAAGGCUCAGUCCCAGACUCAGGGCAUCGACCUGAAGUAACCUCACCAGUCAACUCUCAUGUGGGGGGUUACCGUGUCAGCAGGGUUCCCAUGACAACAGUGGCAACACAAGAGACAACGAGGACGAGGAGAGAAGUAAGAGGACGGGCAAAGGAGAGGAGACGAAGGGAGAAGGCAGGAAGGAUGAUUAAACAGAGAGAUCAUUCUGCUGUUCUUUAUGGCAAUAAUUCUUAGUUUCAGAUGUUUUAUGGUACCAUGGAACCGGCUGACUUCAUUGAUUACUAUUGAGGAAACCUGAUUGGCCCACGGCUUCAGUGAUUUCGGAGGUCAGAACACAUGUUACAUAUGUAAGAGAAAUCCCUCGUGUUUUUACCCAGAUAAUGCUCGUCAGGUUGAUUUUAUCUGUUAUUUAUUCACAGUAUGAGCUGCCAACACACUCCUGCACCCCCUGAGUCUCUUUAGCCCCUCCCCCCCACCAGCCUGUCUCACAGGUUCCGACAGGGCUGGUUGGUCCACAGUGAAAAUAAUCCUGAUGUGAUCUUAGUGUUGGAGCAUGUGGACUCUGUCACAUAGAUAAAAAUGUAUAUAGUGAUAUACUCAGCUGUUGUGGUUUUGAGAUUAUCUAGUCAAGUAGUUUUAGGUUUCAGUUGGAUGCAAGCUGUAGAGAGUCUGGAUGGGUUGUACAGUGAGUGCAUAUCCACACCGUCACCAUGGUAACGUGCUCGCUAUCGUCAGUCAUUGGUGCUCAGUACAGAGGAGCUGAACAGCAGCCACGCCCCCCCCCCCCCCCCGCAGUGAUGUCACAACAUCCUGAAGUACAUUGCUAUACAUCGCUACGGUAACAUAGUGCAGCAGAGAACUGCAGUAAUCUUUCUAAUGUGGAUAAAAGCACCAACAUUAGUAUCUGUAUCUCUCUGGGGGCAUUCAUUUUAAAAAAAUCACAUUAGCCACUUGCAAUUUCAAAAUGGCCGCCGUUUCUUACACAAGAAACACAAGUUUUGCCACUGAAUCUUCCCCACGGGACAGAUUUAAAUGAUUUGAUACCACAACUAUUAUUAAAUAUUAUAUCCCAUUAGCCACUUGAAAUUUCAAAUUGGCUGCAGCUUCUUACAUAGGAAACAAGUAUUUAACCACAGAAUUUUACCCUCAGGACAAAUUUAAAUGAUUUUGCCAUGUAAUCCUGUGUUUUAGACGAAGAGGAAGUCAAAUUCACAACUGUUAAAAUUACCUCAGAGUUUUAUUUGUGCAAUUUCUAACAUGUAAUGUGAAAAAUUCUGCAUAAAAAACAUUUAAAACCAUUUAUUAUGAAGACUAUGAAAGAGUCGACCGCCUACUUGUUUACUCGUCUUCACAUUAGCUCGCUAGGCUAACGUGCUAGCACUAGGCUAGUUAGUGAGCUUCACUGAAAUAUACUUUGAUUUAAUUUUUUACAGUGUAUUAAAUUUCACCUUCUAUAUUUUUAAAAUGUUUGAUUUGACACCUGCAUUAUUCAUAUGAGAAAAUUCUGAAUUAAUUUAUUGCAAAAAAAAAAAAAAAAAAAUAAAAAUACUGUCAGAAAUGGCGGCCAUCUUGAAUUUUCGAGUAGCUAAUGUGUCUUAUCCAAAGAGUGACACCCAGGGAGGAUUUGUGCCAAGUUUAGCAUUUGUAUCCACAUUUGAAAGACUUGCCUGAAAGACGCAGUUACCUGCUGCACCAGCAGGAGGAGUCUCAUGUGAACACGAUGAUCAGAAAACAAACGGAGCAUCGGCUUCAAACAGCUUUUUAUCACACCUGUGUCCCACUUCCACGCGUCAUACUGAUACUGCUUAGGUACGACAUGUGCACUAAUGCUCGCUGGCCGCUCACAAGACACUGAUCUUCUUAGCUGUUUGGUUCCGACACAGGAGGACAGGUGUGAAAGGACAGGUGGACGCCAGACUGCAGCUUUUAAAGACUACUGCCAGUUUCAAAACGAGGAAACAAAACACUGGCUGCAGUUACAUGUUUUUCAUUCCAGUUGAAGACUUCAGGUCAGCUGUUUACAUGGGAUUUAAAAACAGUUUGGGUUUUAAAUGCACAGACGCAUAUAAUCAGCUGUGUGGCAUGUGCAUCGCGUCGGGCGUUCGUGAUCGAUCACGUCUCUGAUGAUCUGUUCAGCACAGUAGUCCAGUAUUUAGUAUAUUUUAGUAUAAAAACUGUUGAGAGUUUGUAUUAAACUCAGACUCUCCGCAGACGACCAGUUCAGCUCGGAAACUGCCAAGUGGAGAAACGUCCGUCAUUCUUUAGUUGAUCUGUUUUUCUGAGCUGCCGCUGGAGUCUUCACAUCCUCUACCUGUGUCCAAACUUCACCUUGUAAACUGUGACACACUCAAAACAUCAGGAGAGCUAACAAGUCAGCUGCUGCGACUCAUUAUCCCGACAUUCAUAUCAGAGUAUACAGCAGCGACGUCAGGACCAGCAGGGAGAGUUAGAAGCAGACAUCUGAUCUCAGAGCAGCACGAAGGAUCUGAUGACCUGUGUGUGCUUCACUGCUCUGAGAUCAGUGUGUGGAAACUAAACUUAGAAAAUGACUUCAGCACUCUUUUCUUCCUGAGAGAUUUCGAGGCAGCAGCAGCAGGUAAACAAGCAAAUGACACUGUGAUUCUUUUUUUUUUCAGUUGUAAACAGCUGAUUAAUUGGCACUGUGCAUUGCAUUGUGGGAAUUUACAGAAACAGCACAUUCAGGAAGCGAGCAGAUUUACAGUAGUAAGCAUACGAACACCUGUGAGUAUAUUUAACUGUUCUUUAUUUCACACAGCUCGUGCUCCAGACCUUCAGUUAGUAUGACGUGUGGAUCAGGACACGAGCAGCAGCUUGUUUCUGUCUGACAUUUUACAACUGGUGCUUAAAGGGACAGUUCAGGUUUGUUGACGUGGCGUUGUGUGAGGUCGUCACAUACAGUCGGUACAUUACCUGCAGUAGAUCAUGAUGAGCGCGGUGUCAGUUGGGAAAGCCGAUCGAGGCUCCGACAGAGCGUCAGAGCGAUGUGCUGCUGUGGGCGGGGCCACAGGAAAAAACGUGUUUUAGACACUUUUAAAAACGGCCACUCAAACAAUCCGUAGGUGCUUGAAUCAGGAAUCAAGUGGCAAACUCCGAGGCUGAAACAUGAAGCAUCAACAUGAAGAACCAGCAGCUGCAGUUCCUCUAACGGCCACUAGAGUCUGGCUCCAGCAGUGAGUCAGUCCCCAUAGACUCCCAUGUUAAAAUGUCCAACUUUACAGCAGAAAUAAACAUGUUUACAGCCUGGUACAAAAACUGUUCUGGUCUCUAGAGCUAAUUUCCUCCUUCAUGACACCUGUUUAUAUAACUCACCUGU